AUGGGCGACGACAGGAUACAGGGUUGGCCCGAAUUCCACAUUCCUACUGAGGUGAAGCUGAUUCUCAGCGACUUCUUUCGACUCCUUGACACGGAAUCGGACGUCGCCCACGAGCAAUGGAGCGACUUGUUUACUGAAGACGCACCUUUCAUCAUAGACGCGAGGGACAAUUUGAACAUCUCGGGCAAAGCAGCACUCAUAGCUGAGCGCAAGAAGUCCUGGAGGCUGGUCAAGAACCGAGACCAUUCCGUGUCACGAAUUUAUGUCCGCAAUCGCGCCGGCACGGACCUGAUGCUGUAUGGUUCCAACGAUCUGAUCAUGCGCAACGGCGUCGCUUUCACGCAGGAAUUUUCUCAGAUCAUCACAUUUACAGAAGUCAAGCAAGGCAUUUUCAAGAUUCAAUAUUUCAAAUCGAUCAUUGAUUCUCGGCCCAUCAUCGAAGCUGCGAAGGCCAAGUCAAUAGAACCCAAACAAUAG